AUGGCUCCAGCAGUCCACUGCUCUAUUGACUGCUUGAACGCAGCCACCACUCAAGUUGGACGCCACUACUUGCUCGACAACUUGAGCGGGGGUGACAUGGGUAGUAGUGCGGUGAAGAGACCGCCGGUCCUGGUCGACGUCCCGGGAAGUGUCCUCUCAUCCAGUGCCACGACAAGCGCAAAUCCUUCGCCUUCACCCACCGGAAUCCACAGCAGUGGCGCCGAGCCGCACCAUCGCCACUCUACGAUUCUGAAGGCGGCCAUCGUCGGCGGUGUUCUUGGCGGGCUGUUCGUGCUGCUGCUCAUCCUCAUCCCGGUCUGCUGCACACCGUCAAAGCGUGCCAUACGGAGGAACCUCGCAGAGGUGGAGGCCGCGGUGGAAGCAGAGGGUGUUGUUGAGCGGAGAGAUAAACGUCCGGCUGCCAAUCUGCCUGUCGUAGAACCCAACAUGGAUGAUAGAAGGCUGGACAAGUUGGAGUAA